AUGCACAACUUCAUUGUCAUAGUUUUAUUAGCAACGUUACUGGAGAUGAUAUUUUCGCUACCACCAGCGCAUAUACCGAAAAUAUGCAUAGAAACUCCUCCAUUCGCGGACCCUCCUCCAGACUGCUGCGAAGUGCCGCCCAUGUUUACUUUAGCGGAUAUGUACAAUUGUGGCUUCCCGGAACAGACGGAAAUGUUGGUAGAGAAAAAAGUAAAGCCAUCUAGAAUUUGUCCAAAAUAUCAAUGUUUAGCAAAGAAGUAUAAUCUUUUAGCAGACGCUGAAAUUUACCCAGAAGCCGUUAUUGAUUUUCUAAAUAAAUAUAGUAAUAAACAUCCAAAGUUCUUACCUGCUGUCACUAAUGCAAAACGAAGAUGUGUCGGAAAGAAAUUGCCUGGCAUGGAAACUUGCCCAACGGAAAAAAUUUUUGCUUGCAUCGCUAGAACAAUGAUCUUUGUAAGUAUCUUGAGGAAUAAAAUUGUUCGUAAGGUCCUUUUUGAAUCAUAG